AUGGAAUUGGAUGAAAAAGACGAUCCUGAUGGUAAUCACUUUUACGUUCCUGGUUUUAUUUUUAAAUUUUAAUUACUGUUGUCUUUUGAUAAUCUAGGUGAAGUAUACAAGCAGUUGAUGGAAGCUACAAGAAACGGUCUGCCAAAGUUGCGAAAGAUAAUUAAUGAGUGGGAAUAUUUAAAUAUUCAGAAGCGACAAGUCGGACAAUUUGAGGCUCUGUAUAAUAUGCUAGACACAAAAAAGUUAGUAUACUUUGUUAUUUAUUUCAAUGUUGAAUAUUCUGACAUUCUUAUGUUUUUAUCUUUGAGGUUCAAAUUGUUUAAACUUUUCAAGAUUAAUCUUGUCCGUUUUUCUUAAUUUUUACGAAUUAUGGUUGUAGUGAAUGGAGCGUAGUAAUUGAUUGCUUCCUAAUGACAUGUGAACUAUGUUUGGCGUAUUUUAGCGUUGUAACUACGAAUUUUGAUUAUAGUUUUUACCGAACUGUUUGGUGAAUUUUUUCUAAACAUUUUACUAAAAAUUAACCUUGAUAAACACAAAUUUAUGACACACGUGAUAUUUGUGAAUUUAGAAAUUCGAAUUUUAAUUCUCGUUAUUGGUUUAUACAUUAAUUAUUACAAAAAUUAGUUGUUUCAAUGGGAUUCUAUUUCAUUGAAUGUAUAAAAGAUGAGGGCUAGUCAUUUAAGUUCAAAACGGAGAAGUUUUGUGUAAAACUGGAGACAUAGUAGCUAACCUGAUAUAAUAUAUCAGCAUUAUUGGAUAAUAACUAAUUAAUUAUCUUAUGAAAUCUGAAAAACACGAGUACCCGGGCGAGAAAAAAAAUUUAAGUUGAAAAUUGAAAAACAUAAUGUGAAUUAUGAUUUGUGAUAGUAUUAUGGAAUAUGUUGGUAACCAAAAUUACGAAUUUUUGGCGAUUGAGUUAUCAUUUACUAACCAGAAUAUGUACCGUAAACUUAAUCACUAAACUGUUUAGAAGGCCCAAAUACGCUUAAUAGUUGUACAUACAUGUAUAAUAUGAAGUGGUAUUUACGCCGUAAAUUGUAUUAUUUUUCUUUGCUCGCAUGCAAAAAAUUGUUCAUACAAUAUUUUCAAUAGGCAUCAUUAUUGUUAUCAUGUUAUCGAAAUAUUUUUGAUAUCAUGUCCAAACGCUCACACAUUUAAAUAAUCGUUCGUUUUGGAUCAGUAAAGCUAUGAUUUCCUAGAAAGUGGUGCAGAUGUUAAGCGGCCGUACGCAGUACCGUGUUUGGUAUAAUAGUGUGACGUUCAACAGUGGAAAAAUAAACGAUUAGACAUCGCAUUAUCAGUAUUUUUAGAAGAUGAAGAGUCAUUGGAAGAAGAAAACUGUCGGCAGAGAAAACUGAAAUAUUUAAAAAUUGUGCUACAGAGGGUGCGUUUCAAAUUUUAGUGGGUCUCCUGAUCUCCAUCUGCAUUGCACCGAUUAAAAAUUCAGGCAAUAAUUUCGGUUAAUAUCAUUACUGUUUGAUUAUGUAUUGAAUUACAUAAGACAUGAUCUAACUUCUAAAUCAUAUAACAGACACAAAAAGCACCAAUAGGUUCGGAAGAUACUCAUUAUUAUUUAUGUAAAACUUUACUGCUACACGUGAAAAAAUGUUCGGAAACUGUUAGACAACGUAAUGACAGCUGUCAUACAAAUAACGAUACUGUAUUAUGGCAUUACGUUGACAAUCAACGUUCUUUAGGAAACCAACGCUGUCUGAUUUGUAUAGACAAUGUUUUAGUCACGUCAUCCACCGCUGAAUUACGGCUGGUGGAUAACGGCACCGCUCUUCUAGGAAACCAUAGCUUAAUCAAAGCGAUUUAA